AUGGGUUGCGCUGUAUCAGGGUUGGGUUUGGCACCAAAACAAGCGGCUGAGACGAAGAAAGGGGAGGACGUUGUUGCGCACCUAACUGAAGAACAGAUUGAUAUGAUAAAGGAGUCAUGGAAAGUUAUUCAAGAGGAUAUAGCGAAAGCUGGAAUCAUCAUGUUUGUCAGGUUAUUUGAGACCCAUCCAGAGUGCAAAGAUGUCUUCUUCCUUUUCCGAGACGUGGAAGAUCUGGAGAGGUUAAGUACCAGUAAGGAGUUACGUGCCCAUGGACUCAGGGUAAUGUCCUUCAUUGAGAAGAGUGUGGCCAGAUUAGACCAGUUGGAGAGGCUUUACCAGCUGGCUCUGGAGUUAGGGAAAAGUCACUAUCGCUAUAAUGCUCCACCCAAAUACUAUGAGUAUGUGGGUUCAGAGUUUAUUUGUGCUGUUCAGCCCAUUCUGAAAGAAAAAUGGACUCCGGAACUGGAAGAAGCCUGGAAGGCCCUGUUUCGGUAUGUGACACAGAUUAUGAAGAAGGGCUUUGAAGAGGAGGAGAUCAAACACAGCCAUGUGGUUGUGUCCACCAAAGAGAGACCAGACAAAAAGAACACUGCACUUUAA